AUGUCUUCAUGGGACAUAAGAAAUGGUUCCUCUGUGAUGGAGUUCAUCUUUGUAGGUUUUUCUGUCACUGGGAACUCACAACUUGGUCUCUUUUUCCUCUUCACUGCUGCAUACCUAUUCACUAUCCUGGCCAACAUCACCAUCAUCAUUGUUGUUGUGCUGAACCAUCAACUCCACACUCCCAUGUACUUCUUCCUCAGUAAUCUUUCCUUUCUUGACAUCUGGUAUGUCACGGUCACUGUGCCUAGGCUCUUGGUUGACUUGCUGAUGGGGAAGAAGCCUAUAUCUAUCACGGCCUGCUUUACUCAGUUCUAUUUCUUCUUUGUGUGUGAAGCAACUGAGAACUUCCUACUGAUGCUCAUGGGUUAUGACCGCUACCUGGCCAUAUGUCAGCCAUUGCAUUACCUUACCAUGAUGAACACAUCUGCCUGCAUCUGCCUAGUCACCUCAUGCUGGACCAUGGGGUUUCUGGUGGUGAUUGUGCCCAUGGUGUUGAUAGCCAAUUUGUCCUUUUGUGGGCCCCAUGAACUUCACCACAUCUUCUGUGACUUUUCUCCUCUGCUGAGGCUCUCAUGCACAGACACUUCUAGCACAGAGGCCAUCUUCUAUGCCCUGGCCUGGGCUGUCCUCCUAGGUUGCUGCCUCUUUACCAUGGUGUCCUAUGUCUUCAUCAUUUCCACCAUCGUUCAAAUCUCCUCUGACACUGGGAGGAGCAAAAUGUUUUCCACCUGUGCUGGGCACCUGACUGUGGUGCUUAUCUACUAUGGUACAAGCACCUUCACCUAUAUCUGCCCAUCAGCCAGGAAUUCCUUUGCGAUGGAUAAGGCUGUGUCUGUCUUUUACACCAUUGUUACCCCUAUUUUGAACCCUAUCAUCUACAGGUUGAGGAACAAGGAUAUGAAAGUGGCCCUGAAAAAAACUUUAAGGAAUUGGAACAAUUCUCUGGGCAAAGGACAUGUUGGUAAAGUGUCUCUUAGUUAG